AAUGAAGAGUCCAGCUACUCUUCGUUGCAUAAUCAAUCCGUUGGAGGCCUCCAAGAGAUAAUACCGAUGACGAUCAGGCUAGUUCUUCUUAACGACAUCUCAGUAACACUUAAUAAUUGACAGUUAUGUCCGAUUACAUGAAUCUUCGCCAGUAUGCACCUGUUAAACAAUCAAAUGCAGCACAAGACAGCACGUAUUGUACUAUUUCAACUCCGCGGAAUGAAGAGUCCAGCUACUCUCCGUUGCAUAAUCAAUCCGUUGGAGGCCUCCAAGAGAUAAUACCGAUGACGAUCAGCGAAAAUCAGGAUGUCGGUUGGUAUGAGACGUUGAACUCGGAAACAAGAGUGGUUGAGUCAUACACAACUCUUCAUUCUGCCGGGGGAAGAGAAUUCGUCGUUGAUCGUUUCAAAAGAAAACAAUCAACUAAAUUGAAAUACUAAACGCUUUCAGAUGACAAAACACAUAACGGCGUAACGUAAAUGAAUGUGAUAAAUUAACAACGUGCUUUUGUUUAUUGAUUAGCAUAUAUAACAAAAACACAGAAAAAGUAACUAUUCACGUUUUAAUUGACAGAUUUAUCAUGCAUGUGUUUGGAGAGCAGAACUUUAAUGUCGUCUAGUCAGUUGAUAGCAGCAUAGUUACCGAAGAAUUUAGAACUGUAGGCCAAUGUUGAUAAUCAUAUUAGAAUGCUUCCCAAAGAAGACAUUUAAUUUAAACUUUCCUUGGCGCACGAUCAAGUGAAAUAGUGAAUACUUCAAUUUAUCUACUAUGGCAAAACUAUGAUAAUAUGUUGACAUCGUUUAUGGCAGUAAACAAAAAAUACCAUUU